UCCAUCCAAAAAGCCCCAUGCGCAACUUCGCCAAACAAAGAUACAAAAUAUUCAAGAGAAUUCUCCGAUAGACCACUUCAGCAUCACCGGUUGAUGCCUGUCGCUGUACUUCCGAUAUCAGCAUCCCACUCGUUUACUUUCCCUGUCCUUCCUGUUCGCACUUCUCCCGCCAGUUCCAAUUGAAACGCAUCGUCCUCCGUAACCCCCCCGUCUUGUCCCUUCGUUUCCCAACUGAACUUCACACCCUGUUGACAUUGGUAUAAAUGGGUGUCUGUGCAUCGUGCCUGGGACUUGGUCGCCGGGAUAGUCAGGACUCCGAGUCUUCUCAGCGUUUACUUGACGAUGAUAUCUACCAAUCUGGUUAUGGAUAUGGCGCGCUAAACAACGCCAAUCAAGCCAAUCACCCCGAUACCGGAUACUUGAGGCGUGAACGAGAAGCGCUCGAAGCGAUCUGUCAACGAACGUCAGACUCGGUCAUCGAUAUCUGGUCCCUCCAGACCCAAUCCCAUCUACAACCUCGAGCCACCCUCCGCGGCCCUGUGUCACCAGCUUCCUCUCGAGCCGGCCCCAAAGACGAUGUCCCCGUACGAGUAACCACCACUCCCCCAGCGUCAGAAGCUGGUACCUCCGCCCAGAAGCCAGGCUCACCGAACCCCGGUACUGUUCCAAAACAUUGGGGUGAAGUGGUUAUCAACCCGCGCAAGGGCAAGUCGCCGCAGCCCGAUGAUAAUGCCCGCGAUGUUUUCGGCGUUCUGAAGGUUACCUAGGCCUGGGUGGACAAGGGACGAUGUGACGAUCGAUACUUGGGGUGAUUCCAUUAUUCUCUUCUUCUUCUUCUCUCUCUCUCUCGCAUAGGUCGCCGGUCGACGGUCGAUGUCUUUCUCUCUUUUCUAAUCUCUCCUUGUCACACUCUGUCUUUGUUUUCUUCAUUUUCUUUUCUUUCCCCUUCCCCGCCCCCCCCUUUUUCUCCCCCUAGAGUUACCGUUCUAAUACCCUGGCUACUUUUCUUUUUCUUUUCCUUUUUCUUCAUACGUCUCAG